AUGACUUUCGAGUUCGGAAAAGAAGUGUGUUAUCCAGCCUACGAAGGCCGAGGGACGCCCAAAGUCUCAUGCGGGCUCAAAUUCCCCGAGGCCUGCUUACGUCACUGUCGCGAUACCUUUGCCAGCUCAAGGGUACUUCGCUCGGCCCUGGAUAGCAGGAUUGUCGGGGUCAGAAUAGGCAUCAAUCCGCAUACUCCAAUUGCGCAAGUCCUCGAAGUCGUCAAUGAUGCGUCGAAACUCGACGUCGACUGUCUGGUGACGCUAGGCGCUGGUAGUCUAACAGAUGCCGCCAAGUUGGUCAGGCUCGCAUUGGCCAACUCGGUCACCACUGAAGAGGAGAUGAACACAUUGUGGGGAACGCCAAAAAGCAAUCCUGCGUUACGAAGUAACAUAUCCAGGCCGACUAUUCCACUCAUCCACAUCCCGACAUCACUGUCAGGCGGCGAGUUCCAAGCCAUUGCUGGAGGAACAGAGUCCCUAGGCCAUGCAAAGAGAACCUUUCACUGCGAGGGCGUCGAUCCAGAACUCGUCAUCCAAGAUCCAGAGCUAUGCCUCACUACCCCGGAGUGGGUUUGGCUUAGCACGGGUAUCCGAGCCGUGGAUCAUUGUGUCGAAACGCUCUGCUCGCUUGUCUCAAACGAUAAAGCCGAUGAAUGGUCGAAGAAGGGUCUGGUGAAGCUUGUCAGUGGUCUCUUGGCAAGCAAAGUAGAUCAAAAGUCUCUACAAGCGCGACAUCUAUGCCAUCAGGGAGUUGUGUCGUCUAUGUGUGCCGUGUCAAGUGGUGUUCCACUCGGUGCGAGUCAUGCUAUCGGACAUCAACUUGGACCACUUGGAGUUGGUCAUGGUGAAACCAGCUGUAUACUGCUGCCUGCUGUGUGCAAAUUCAAUUAUGCUAAAAAGGCAAACGUUCAGAGACAGGAAGUUGUACGGGACUUGCUGUUGGAGCAGGAUGAAGUUCGGCAGCUGCUGCAGGUGAAAGGUCUUAAUAAGAGCGCCGUAAGUUUGGCCGAUAUCUUGGAUGUGUUUAUUUCUGCUCUGGGAAUGCCGCGGUCACUUGAAGAAGUUGGAAUUGGAGAGGAUAAGCUUGAGGUUCUUGCAAAAAAUAGUCUGGACGACAUCUGGAUUCAGACCAAUGCGCUCCCUAUCACGGAGGCUAGCCAGGUCAUGGAGAUACUCAACAUGUGCGUUAAAAGAUCAUAG